AUGGUGUAAACAACUAAAAUGCUCUAUGACAAUGAGCAGAGGUAGGAAAAACAUACACUUCGGCGCUCGCCAUGGCCGACGAAAAGCCCAAGGAAGGAGUCAAGUCGGAGAACAACGAUCAUAUUAAUUUGAAGGUGGCGGGGCAGGAUGGUUCUGUGGUGCAGUUUAAGAGGCAUACACCACUUAGUAAACUAAUGAAAGCCUAUUGUGAACAACGGGGAUUGUCAAUGAGGCGGAUCAGAUUCUGUUUCGACGGGCAACCAAUCAAUGAAACAGACACACCUGCACAGUUGGAAAUGGAGGAUGAAGAUACAAUUGAUGUGUUCCAACAGCAGACGAGAGGUGUCUACUGAAAAAGGAACCUGCUUCUUUACUCCAGAACUCUGUUCUUUAAAGACCAACA